UCGAGUGGAGCUUUCUAUUUAGGUUAUGGGUGUAGCCAACAAAGUGCUGAGUAUAGUCUUCGCAGUUAUCUGGAGUGGCUCCCUCUACUACGAUGUGGCGUAUCAACCCCGGCUUGGUCAUGAUUGGUACAUAUACAAGUUGGUUAUGCUGACAAACUUGAACUUUGUGAUCAUUGCAAUUUUCGCCGUUUUUGCGCUCACGGAAACUCUUUCCAUCGCCAAUACUCCGAUCAAGAGUGCCUUAGACUUCUCAUUCUAUUGUACAAUAUUUCCAGUAGCAGUGGUGACAUGCGCACUCUUCUGGGGCCUUUACGCUAUCAACCCAGAAUUGGUGAUGCCGGAAUGGAUAGCCAGGCUGAUCCCACAAUGGCUUAACCAUGUCACACAUACUUUGCCGGUAAUUUACGUUUUCUUCGACUUGCUCACGAUCAGGCGAAGUCCACCGUCACAUGGGAAGUCGCUACAAAUGGCUGUACUGCAUGUUGUUGUAUAUUUCUUGAUAAUCAUUGCUGUUCGGAUUUUUGACGGGUACUGGCUCUAUCCUUUGCUGGAGAUACUUCCAUGGGAGGCUUUUAUUGGAACAUUCGUAGUUGCUAUAUUCGGGUACUAUGCGCUGAUCCGACUCGCAGUGUUCUUUUCUUCUUGCAUUCACGGUGUUGAAGCUGCUAUCAAACAAAAGCAACCUAAGAAACAAAAGUAGGAGUACCGGGUGUGACUUCUUCAUUGUAAUUAGUUGUCUGAUGCCACAUUCAUACUGCUGAUCUUCAAAUUACCCGUGUCUAAAUCACUCCAUUCAUAGCUAGUUAUUCUACUUACUUGAAUGCAUGAAAUCUACCAAGUUAUUAUUAUUAUUACUUUGGUGCAUUAAAAUUGCAAUAUAUGUGUUAAAUUGACAUUGGGGUUGGUGAACUGGUAAAUUAUUAAUAAAUUAUUGGCGACUUUGUAAAGU